CAUCUCUGAGGCCAUCACCUCAUGCACCAUCCCCCAGGGUCAUCACCUCCUAGACCAUCAGCCCUGGGGCCACCACCUCCGGGACCGUCAUCUCCUAGACUGUCAUCUCUGAGGCCAUCACCUCUAGAACCAUCAUAUCUGGGGCCAUCACCUCCGGGACCAUCACCUCUUGGACUGUCACCUCCGGGCCAUCACCUCCGGGACCGUCACCUCCAGGACCAUCACCUCCAGGACUGUCACCUCUGGGGCCAUCACCUCCGGGACCGUCACCUCCAGGACUGUCACCUCUGGGGCCAUCACCUCCGGGACCGUCACCUCCAGGACUGUCACCUCCGGGGCCAUCACCUCCGGGACUGUCACCUCCGGGGCCAUCACCUCCUGAACUGUCACCUGUGGGGCCAUAACCUCCAGGACUGUCACCUCCGGAGCCAUCACCUCUGGAACUGUCACCUCGGGGGCCAUCACCUCCUGGACUGUCAUCUCUGAGGCCAUCACCUCUGGAGCCAUCACCUCCGGGACCAUCAUCUCCUGGACUGUCAC